GUUACCGGCUGGUGGAUCCCAUUCCUGCACACAGUGUGUGCGGCGGCAGCGUUCCUGAGUGCGCUGGUCAUCGGCUGGAAGCUGCACUACUACAAGAUUGUGCAGAACGAGCACUACGGAUACCCGGACGAAUGGUUCCCAUCGGUGUCGGCGACAAUUGGCGACCGGUACCCUGGCCGCAACGUGUUCCAGAUCCUGAUUGCCCUGACGUGUCCACCGCGCCUGUUCCUGCACCUGUUCUGGUAUAUUCUGACGGUGCGGGCGGCACCGAAGCGUGCCAAGGCUCUGUUCUGGGUUGGCUUCGUGCGGACGUGCACCUGUGGUGGUUGGGUGUAUGUGACCUCUGGCGACGACCACGAUAUCCACGAUGUCAUGAUGAUCUCGUACAUGAUCCUUACUAUUCCGUAUAUGGCGCUGCUGGUUCAGCUGUGCGACAAGUCGCCGUUCACGCACAAUGUUAAGGCGCUGGUGGCCAACAAGUCGCGUCGCAAGUGGGUGGCAUUCGCGUUCUUUGGCUCGAUCCCGCCAAUGAUCUACUUCUUCAUCAAUCACAAGGUCCACAAGAUCGCUGGUGCCUACACGACGUACGCCUUCUUCGAGUGGGCACUGAUCAUCUUUGACGUGAUGUUCGAUUCGCUUGCCAUGGAGGAGUUCAAGGCUCUCGAUCUCGGCAUUCUGCCCGGAAAGCCUGACGAGCGGUAA